AUGGGCUGCUCGGGCUCUCAGCAGUCCCUGCGCUGCGGGAAAAUGGGAAAUGCUGAGAGAAGCGAGAGAAGGAAAGCAAUAAGUGAUGCUCGACGCUGCUGCUUCCUUCGCCCUGGGAGCGAGGCGAGCUCUGAGCCAGGAGCGCGGGGAGCAGCCCCGGCAUCGGGAGGCGGGAGAGGGGAGAGAUCCCUCGGGAUCGGGAGCUGGCAGGAGAAGAAAAGGAGCGAGGGGCCGCGGAGAGGCGGGAGGAGGGUGGGGGGCGGUGAGCCCGAGGGUGAAGGAGCUGAACGCCGGAGCGGACAGAGCCGGCGGCUCAGGAAGCCGGGGCCGCAGGAGCGGGGGGCUGGGGAGGUCUCCCUCGCUCUCCCCGCCGAGGAAGCGCAGGGAAGAGCUUCCCGAAGGAUGCGGGGCACGGAGGGAGAGGAAGCGCCGGAGACAGCUGCACAACAUCUGGCAGCGGCGCGGCCCCCCGGGACCCCGAGCAGCCGAGCCCGGGGGGGCCGGGCCAGCGCGGCGCUUCCUGCCCCCCCUCCGCUGCCAGAUGUGCACCCCGCUCCCCCCGGGCCGCACCCCCCGCCUUCCUCCCGCCGGGACGUGCCCAGCACCUGCUUCCAGCCCGGCCCCAGCUCGCCGGCGCUCCCAGGACCCCGCCACGCCCAGGGGACGCGCGGCCCCGUCACCUUUGGCAUCCCCAUCCUCCGAUGGCCUUCCCGGCUCCCGGGGGCGGGCGGGGGACGAUCAGUGGUGGCCGCGCACCUGCCGGGGGCAGGAGACACCCGGGGAGGUCCGGAGCGGGAGCGGGGUUCGGAUCGGGAUCAGGACCGGCACCAGCACCGGGAGCGCUCCCGAGCUCCCGCUGCCGCCCCCGCCUCAGCGCAGCCCCCGCGCUGUCCCGGCGUGCCCCGCGCGCCGCGCGCCCCCGCCCUCCCUCACUUCCGGUGUCCGGCAGUGGCAGCGCCGCCGGCGGCGCCCCCGCUCCCCCGGCGCAAGGGGAGGGGGGCGUGGCGAGGGGGCGUGGCCGACCGAGAGGCCGCCGCCCAAUCACCGCCGGCCGCUGGGGGAGAGUGGGCGGGGACAGCGCCGGCACGCGCCGCGCGGCCCCGCCCCCCCGCGCCCCCCCCGCCCGCCGCGGGCUCGCGCCCCGCGCGCCCGAGGGAGCGUCGGGAGCGCGCCCGGGCGCCCCCCCCUUCCCCCCCUCCGCCGGGUUCUCCCCCCCCCUCCUCCGCCCUCCGCCCCCCCUUCCCCUUCCCCUCCCCACCCGGGAGGAGAGGCACGGAGUGA